AAACACAAGAAGAACUCACAGUUUGAGCGCUCAGUGCGAGCUGUUCGUGUUGUUUGUGUUUAUAUUUUCAUCAUGAGAGAGCUGAAGAAAGAGGUGACGUCACUGAAGACAGAGCUGAUGGAGAGAGAGGACAGGUUACAGGAGCUGGAAAAGGUUUCCUGUCAAUCUUCAGUAUGUGUGACUGAUGGGACCUCCACAGAAUGUCAGGAUUCAGUGUGGAGCGGCAGAGAUCAAUCCACACCACAGCGACUGCUGGACAAACUCUCUGAACAGAGAUCCAGAGACACACAGGACUCACAGCUCACUUUACUCUGUUCUACUGAUGGUAAUCAGGGUGAUCAAUCCUCCACAGAUGUCUCUGACUUCUGUCUGUAACACUGGAGAACAGCAGAUGCUGCAGACACCAGUGAAGAUUGAAGUGAAACAGGAGGAGAUAAAAGAAGAGGAACAGAGUGAUGAAGAUGGUGAUUUUAUUCCUUCAGAUCUGAUGGAAGUGAAAGAGGAAAGUCAAGAGCUGAAUGAAGUGGAGGAGAAACUUCAGUAUCAGAAACAUCAUGAUUUAAUAACUGGAGAUAAUUCUUUGAGUGGCUUAAAGACUAAAAAUAAUUUCUCACUAAAAAAGCCUCAAAGAAGUGCAACCAAAAAUACUUUAAACUGCUCUCAAUGUGGAAAGAGUUUCACAUGUAAAAGUCAGCUUAAUACACACAUGAGAGUUCACACAGGAGAGAGACCUUACACGUGUCAUCAGUGUGGAAAAAGUUUUGCAUAUCCAGUCGAUUUUAAGAAUCAUCUCCGCUUUCACACUGGAGAAAGGACAUUUGAAUGUGAUGAAUGUGGUAAAACAUUUGUUUUAAAUUCAGGCCUAAAACGACAUCUGAAAACUCACACAGACGAGAAGCCUUACAAGUGUUCUUUUUGUGGAAAGAGUUUUGCACGCCUGUCCUAUUUUAAAGAACAUCAGAAAAUACAUACUGCUGUGGGUGCUCAUAUGUGCUUUGAAUGUGGAAAGACCUUUAUUACAGCCAACAACUUAAAACAGCACCAAAGAAUUCAUACUGGAGAAAAACCUUACAAGUGCUCACACUGUGGAAAGAGUUUCACUCAGUCAGAACACCUGAAAAAACACGAGAGAAUUCAUACUGGAGAAAAACCUUACAAGUGCUCAUACUGUGAAAAGAGUUUCACUCAGUCUCAAAACCUGAUAAUACACGAGAGAAUUCAUACUGGAGAAAAACCAUACAAGUGCUCACACUGUGAAAAGAGUUUCAAUGGGUCAGAACACCUGAAAAAACAUGAGAGAAUUCAUACUGGAGAAAAACCUUUCAAGUGCUCACACUGUGAAAAGAGUUUCACUCAGUCACAAAACCUGAAAAAUCACGAGCGAAUUCAUACUGGAGAAAAACCUUACAAGUGCUCAACCUGUGGAAAGAGUUUCACUCUGUCACAAAACCUGAAAAAUCAUGAGAGAAUCCAUACUGGAGAGAAACCAUGCCACUGCUCAUGAUGUGGGAAAGGUUUCAGAGCUGCAAAUAAUUUGCAUAGACAUGUAAAAAAGAAUUGCCCAAGUAGUUACAGUAAGAAAAAAUCAUCUUCAGGUCCAAAAAGAUCAAGUAAAUAGUUGGAAAUUCAGAUAAACCCAAAGACCCUGAUACCACACGUACUUCACCCAGACGUCUGUUUACACCUUGAAGAUGUAUUUCUUGGUUGUUUUUUCAUCUGCAAUAUUUCUAUAAGAUGUUUCUUCUUGGAUGUCAAUAAGACAUUCAGCAGAAGUCUUUGAGACAUUUAAGAUUCAUAAUGUUUGUAAAUCUGAUCUUUUUAAGAUGUUUAGCAGAUGUUUAUUAGAUUGUAAUGCUUUCCAGGUAAAAAGAUCUAAAACUGAUAUCUUGGAGACGUACAUGUGCUAUCUGGGGAUGGAAUUUCAUCCAAUAAUGCAGCAUCAUUUCAGAGAAUAGCAAAGGACAUUUAAGGAAGGUUUUAGUAUUAAUUGAAAAAACAUAUUUGUGCGUGUGUAUAUAUGGUACUGUGCAAAAGUUUUAGACACUUCUGAAAAAUGCUGUAAACAACGUUGUGCACAUUGAUCGUUUUCGCGCAUGCCGCCCCCUCACCGAUGGAGCUGCCCUAGGCGACUGCCUAGUUCGCUGUGCCCUAGAAACGGCCUUGUAUGAAAACAUUAAAAGGUUCAGUGUCCAUCCAGCUCUCUGAUGUGCUGCACGGGGUGUUUCCUCUGCUGACAUGAGACACAUCCAGCAUAUAUGGGACAGUUUAGUUAAAAAUGCGCUUGGUAAUAUUUUCCUCAUUUAAAAAGUUGUAAUUUUUAACAAUUGUAUAAACUCAUGAGAACUGACAUGAGAUGAGGACUCAUCAAUUUCAAUUUAUGUCUUUAGGAGUUAAACUUUUUUAAUGAGGAAAAGUUACUGAGUGAACCUUUAAAGCUUGUCCGCUGUUCGGGUCUUUUUGACCCAUUUUCUUUUUUAUUCUUUUUUUUUUUUUUUUUUUUUUUUUUUGAUUUUCCCCUUUUUCACCCAAUUUGGAAUGCCCAAUUCAUGAAGUCCUCGGAAGUCCUCGUGGUGGCGUAGUGAUUCGCCUCAAUCAGGGUGGCGGAGGACGAAUCCCGGCUGCCUCCGCAUCUGAGACCGUCAACCCGCGCAUCUUAUCACGUGGCUUGCUGAGCGCGUUGCCACGGAGACAUAGUGCGUGUGGAGGCUUCAUGCCAUCCACCGCAGCAUCCACGCUCAACUCACCAAGCGCCCCACCGAAAACGAACCACAUUAUGGCGACCACGAGGUGACUCUACCCUCCCUAGCAACCGGGCCAAUUUGGUUGCUUAAGAGACCUGGCUGGAGUCACUCAGCACGCCCUGGGAUUCAAACUAGCGAACUCCAGGGGUGGUAGCCAGCGUCUUUUACCACUGAGUUUCCCAGGCGCCUCUUUUUGAUUCUUUAAUAAAAAUGGUAUCCUUUCUCUGAGUGGUUCAAGACUUGGUGACUUCCUCCACUAGCUAUCUGAACACACUAAAAACCUCACAUAAAUGAAGGGGUGAGUCUAUAAAACAAACACAAUGCCACACACACACAUACAGGUUUGUUUGACUAUAUUCGUGAUCUCUUUGACUUCAAUUGAAUUCAUAUUAGGCUAACAAUAUUUUCUGUUUCCAAACUCUAUCCCUAAACCUAAACCUUACCAUCACAAAAACAUUUGCCCAGCACUAGAUUUGAAUAUCAAUAUUAUCUUACCCAUUUAAGAGCUUUUUUUUCUGAUUAGGCCAUUUGGCCCUCACAGGUGUAGACAGUCCUGUCUUUAUAUAUUCUAAAUGUACCACACAGGUUGAAGUCUGAGUCUGAUCCCUGUGUGACAAAGUUUAUGCUAGAAUUUUGAUGUU